AUGUCUACAAAAAUGACUGCAAUUCAGCUGCUGUUACAGCUGAGUAGUUACUUUGAUUCUGGAAGUUGUGGAAAGGUGCUGGUGUGGACAAUGGAAUUCAGCCAUUGGAUCAACAUGAAAGCAAUACUGGAGGAGCUCACACAGAGGGGGUGUGAGGUGACUGUUUUGAAACCUUCAGUUUCCAUUUUUGUGGGUGGAGAUAACUCAUCUGCCAUUAAAUUUGAGAGCUAUCCAUCAUCAAUUUCCAGAAAAUAUUUAGAGAAUCUUAAUAAUAAAUCCAUCAGUGUAAUGGUUUAUGAGAUACAAAAACAAAACUUUUGGUUUGAAUUAUUUAAUGAGAAGAGAUGGAAUCAGUUUUAUGAAAUCCUAGGACCACCCACUGCAUUGUCGGAGACAAUGGCAAAAGCAGAUAUCUGGCUCAUUCACACCUACUGGGAUUUGGAAUUUCCUCACCCAAGCCUACCAAAUGUUGAUUUUGUUGGAGGACUCCACUGCAGACCUGCCAAACCUCUGCCUAAGUGGCUUGUGGGGAUCCUGAGUCUCUUGAGAGCUCUCACACAGGUCAAAGGAACCAGUGACUGGAGGAACCUGGAAGCUGAAGAGGACACUGAAAAGUGUGGCUGUGGGUCACAGAGUGAGAGAACUUGUAGGACCUUGAGUGAGGGCAGGUCAAGGGGUGUGAAGGAGCUGAGGGGAACUACGAAGGUGGUUGAAAGAGCAAGGGGAGGGAGUGGUGCUGGGAAGGAAGAGGUCUCAGGGGAUCCAGUGUAA